AUGUUCAGGUGGGGCCCACAUGUUCAGUGUGGGAGUGCUGCUGCAACAGCUGCUUAUCUCAUCUCGUCCUACCCUCACCCUUUCGCCCUCCCUCUGCCCCCUUUCGUCCGGUCUGUCAUUGCCAGCGUGGGGGUGCUGCUGCUGCAGCUGCUCACGGGUUGGGAUGCUCCCUACAAGCAUGAGGAUGGGCAGUGCGUCCACAUCUCUGACUGGGCCCAGCAGCGUGUGACAGCCGGCAACGUCUCUCCUCUCCUCGACCCCCUUCUGCCACACCCUCCACCCCCUCACUCCCUCCUCCUUCCCCUCUUCCUCCUCGCCCUCUCCUGCACCUCCCCUUCUCCCUCCUCCCGCCCCACUCCCUCUGCGGCCCUCCGAACCCUCAAGCCCCUUCGAGCCUCCCUGCUGCAGGGGAGCCGGACAGGAGAAAGGCUAGAUAGCAGAGAGGGGGACAGCGGAGAAAGACGAGAGGGUGGGAGAUGGAGCGAACUGUUCUGGGGGAGUGGCACUGGCAUAUGGGAUGGGCAAGGCAGUGGCGAUGCACUGGGCACACGGCUGGCAAUGCUGGGCUCAGAGGAUAGUCGGGAGUUUGUGGUGUAG